AUGGUUAAUAUAUUUUCGCUUCCGGUAAAGGGGUAUUUAAAUCGGGUUAGCGAUUGGAAGGAAUGGCUUUUCCAAUACGAGCGUAACGCUUACGCUACGUUUAAAACCGUUUAUAAAGCCGUUAAGCUUUAUUCGAAUUUGCGCAAUUCCAAUUUAAAUAAGCCCAAUUUCGAUAAAUUUUUGCAGGUUGGUAAUAGCAACGAUAACGAUAAUAGUGGUAAUAAAGCUGGCAAAGUAAGCAAUAACGAAAAGGAAGAGGUAGUUCCCGGCGGCGACCCCGUUAGCUAUAAAAGCGAUAUCGAAAACGUGUUUUACAACGGUUUCCCAAACGUGUAA